AACGCCCGUGUUCCUAACCUAGAGCCGCCGCCACCUGCCCUGCCGCCGCCCUCUUGCAGCGACUCCCCUGCCGCGCCGCCCCCCUCUUGCAGCGACUCCCCUGCCCCGCCGCCCCACUCUUGCAGCGACUCCCCUGCCGCGCCGUCCCCCCUCUUCCUCGGUCCCUCAAUCUUCGCGGUUCCCCCAACGCCGUCAAUGCCUCUGGUUCCAGCAGACUAUAAGAAUGUCAUACGUCCUCUAUUUGACAAAGUAAGACCAUGUGUUGUUUCUAUUGAAGCAUAUGCCAAGGCUGUCAUCAAAGAGGAAACAUUGCCAUUGGCAGAUGAACAUAAGGAUGUCACAAACGUCAAAAAGGAGGAAAACAAAUGGAAAGCUGCUGGGACCGGAUUUGUAGUUCACUGCAGCAAUAAUUUCACGGUUGUAACAGUGCAUACAUCUUUCAAGUUCCAAGGCCAAAACGCAGUUGUGAAGUUCUCGGAUGGAACGGAAGCUACCGAUACAAGGGUGAUUAAACUGAAAGGGCCCAUGAACCUUAUUGUGGCAAAUAUUCCUCAUGGUGAUUGGAAAGCAGUUCGGUAUGACCAAAUCAGAGAGGACGGGUAUUCUCAGAUUGUGCUCUCCAUUUUCUCCCUAAUGUAUUGGCGAUUACCGUGUGUAUGUCGUAUUAUUUCGCCAAGAUGCACUGCUGUCCUUGCCAAUGGCCGCAAGGUCCCUGGAAGUGAGCAGACCUUCAGCUUCAACCUUCCAGUGGCAGGAAAACAACGGAAAGACGAAUAUGAAAAUCAUGAUAAGCAGUUUUGUUACUUGAGAGAUUACGUUCUUGGAGCUCCGGUCUUCGAUACAUAUGGAAAACUUGUUGGAUUUGUUAAUCAAUGUGGAAAGGCUUUUGACUUUAAGUUCGGCGUGAGAUCAGAAUAUUUACAAGAUGCAUUGUAUAAGUGGUUGGCGGGGAAACAAUGGAAGGAUGUACUCAACCCAAGGUCGCAGAUUUGGCAUCCAGACGACAAGGAGCACGUUGAUUCGUCAGUGGGACUGAGGGGAGGUGUAGGGGGUUUGCCGCAUGUGCCUCUGGAUCAAGAAGACAACUUUCAGUUUGAUUCGUCGGUGGGACUAAGGGGAGGUGUAGGGGGUAGGGGGUUUGCCGUAUGUGCCUCUGUAGAAGAAGACAACUUUCAGUUUGAUUCGUUAAUAGCUAGUGGCGACAAGGAAAAGGAAUCUGAAGGAGAGAAAGUGGUGGUGGUGGACAAGGUCAGCUCAGACAUUGUGGAUCUUCGUACCAACAAUUUCGUAGCAGACGGUGUUAUCACCAAGUACUUGAAACAUUUAUCUUCUACUAAGCUCAAUAAUGAUGAUGAAGUGUAUCUUGCUGAUGCAACGGUGUCUUCGGCGUAUGCUCAAGAUGCUUCAGCCAUCAAUGUCGAGUUACUACGACGCAGUCGCCUUGUGCUCUUGCCGGUUAACAACAACACCAAUUUUGGGCGGGCAGACAUGGGCACACAUUGGUCUUUAUUCCUUAUUGAUGCCAUCAACGGGCCACCACCACAGUUCUACCACAUGGAUUCUCUGGAUGGACUAAACCGUUCUGCUGCAGAUCGUCUUGCUACAGCACUCGGUGCAGUCUUCCCUGACGCACCCGGUGUUGUGCAGGUGUCCACACCAAGACAAAAAAAAUCGUAUGAUUGUGCAAUAUAUGUCAUGGCGUUGGCAAAAAGUAUCAUUACAUGGUGGAAAAGCAGAACCGAGUCCACAAAGCAUUGGAUGCAAAUGAUACAGACAGACGUGACCGAAGAGAAUGUCCAUACCUUGAGACACGACUUUGCUGAUCGACUAGAGCAGGAUGAAAAAAAUCAAAAGGUUGAGUGCAAUAAGGAGGAGAAAGCCAAGGAGUGAUGCCAGCCUACUUGUGCGCUGACUUGUAGGAACUCGUUUUUUUGGUGGAUUGCGGCUAGGGGAGCUUAUCUGGCAGCAAGGACUGAAUGAGACUGAACUGGUCGUUUGGGCCAUUGCAUUUUUUGGCGACAAAGUCACUCCCAUCAUCUUAGAAAAGGUCUAGGGCAGUGCUUGGUGUUAGCCAGUUAGUUAGAUUUUGCUUUCACUUGUUUGGCCGAUGCUUGAGCCAGCCUGGGAGCACUUGGCCUAUUUUAGUCGUUGUUUUCCUCUCGGUGUAAGAAGAUUCAUUCACAUGCAGGGAUCUCCUGCACGGUUCCAAAAACAAAUUCAGGCUAGGUAAAAUUCAUACUGAACUGUAGCGCUUUGUGUGUUACACUGUUUGUCAAGCACUUGAUUUUGCGUCAAUCAAUCAAUCAGGUCUUGGUGAGUAGAAUCAA